AUGGCCGUCGCAGCGUCACAGGCAGCUGGAACCUUGGCCAUCCCUGAUGUCUCUCCAAGACCACCGCCUGCCGAGCCAUCUCCGGCAUCCAGCCUGGCUCGUUACCAAACCAUCUCGCAGCCCAUGGAUGAUCUAGCACGCACAUACUUCAUGAGGGAGUACAUAGCAUCUUCUCCUUUUGAGUAUCUACCCAGACUCUGUCCUUAUGGCUUACAGAACAAUGACGCAAUGUCAGCGUCAAUACUAGCAGCAUCCUUCGCCAGUUUAUCACUGAAGGUAUCGGAACCAAAGAUGAUGAAGUUGGCCAGAAUGCAUUAUGCUAGAGCGCUGUCUCAAACAAAUCAAGCUCUUAGCUCACCAGAACGCGCCGUGGAGGACAACACAUUGGCAGCGGUGCUACUUCUAGGACUUUUCGAGGCUAUCGUUUACUCUGGGCAGCAAUCUCUAGAUACCUGGAACCAACAUACGCUCGGCACCGUGGAGCUUCUCCGCCUACGUGGAACUCGACAGUUUGAUACGCCUCUCGGUCGGCAGCUUUUUGUGCAUUCCAGCGGCAACAUUCGCACGAGCUGCGCAUACACCAAGACACCUGUUCCGCAACGGUUUUUGAAGGUGUACGAAAAUGCCAAGCCGCACCUCGAUCUCGAUGACCCUUUCCUCAAGAUGACUCCAAUUCUUGAUCGUGUUGCGACUUUGAGAUCGAGAAUCGCCAGUCUGAGAGACUCUGAAAGGCGCGAGGUUCUAUAUGAAGCUCUUGACUUGGAUGCGGCAACAGCAAAACUUGGUGAGAAGGUCCCAGAAGAAUGGAGAUUUACGGCAAGGCGCCCAGGAGAGCGAUCUCCUAUAUCCUACAAAGGAAUGUCUUUCCGCUACCCUUCACUGCUGAUUCUACGGUACUGGAACUCGCUCAGGAGCAUUAGAAUGUUCCUCAACGAUGCUAUCUGGAUACAAUCAUCACUCGCGCUUGACCGCGGGCCGGAGCCGGAUGACGAGACGGACUAUGAAGGGCUUCAACGGUCCGCUAGCAGGAAAAUGUCAAGUCUUGUUGUCGAAGUACUUGGUAGCUGCGGCGAGUAUCUCGAGUUUUCCGAGGAUCGGUUCUCUGUUUCAGCAAGGUGCCUUAUCUGGCCGUUGUCGGUGAUCGCCGAGAUUUCCUCAACGCCUCCUGAUGCGCGCCUAUUUGCACUUGACUGCCUAGAUCGAUUGGGACGUGGUGGGCCAACCCUAAUGUCAGUUGCAGAACUAACGAAAGGAGACAGUGUCCAAAUAGACUGGUAA